GCGAAAAGCUUAAAAAACACAUCCGUAGACGAUCGCCUCUCUCUCUCUCUCUCUCUCAUCAGGCUUUGUGGUUCUCUCUCUCUCUCAUCCUCUUCGCUCUCCAUCUACUCUCUCUCUUCCGUUGAUCCGUCAUCAUCCUACUGCAACCAUGAGUGAUGAAGGAGAAAAGACUUGCCCACUCUGUGCUGAAGAGAUGGAUUUAACAGAUCAGCAGCUGAGGCCUUGCAAAUGUGGCUAUGAUAUUUGUGUAUGGUGCUGGCAUCACAUUAUGGAUAUGGCUGAGAAAGAUGAUACAGAAGGGAGGUGUCCAGCAUGUCGUACGCCGUAUAACAAGGAAAAGAUAGUGGGGACUGCAUCAAAAUGUGAAAGACUGGUGGCUGAAAUGAGUGUGGAGAAGAAACAAAAGUCUCAAAAGGGGAAAACAAAAGCUUCUGAAGGUAGAAAGCAUCUUAGUAGCGUGAGGGUUAUACAAAGGAACCUUGUUUACAUUGUGGGACUGCCUCUUAAUUUAGCAGACGAAGAGCUUCUGCAGCGGAAAGAAUAUUUUGGUCAGUACGGGAAAGUGUUGAAAGUUUCUAUAUCUCGGACAGCAGCUGGCACUAUACAGCAUUUUGCAAACAAUACUUGUAGCGUAUAUAUUACUUACUCAAAGGAGGAUGAAGCGGUUCGAAGUAUACAGUCAGUACAUGGGUUUGUUUUGGAGGGUAGACCAUUGAAAGCCUGUUUUGGGACUACAAAGUACUGUCAUGCAUGGCUGAGAAGCAUGCCUUGCACCAAUCCUGACUGCUUAUAUUUGCAUGAGUUCGGAUCACAAGAGGAUAGCUUCACCAAAGAUGAAAUAAUAUCUGAAUAUACAAGGGGUAGAGUACAACAAGUUACUGGCGCUACAAAUGAAUUGCAACGGCGUUCAGGGAAUAUUUUACCACCUGCAGCAGAUGAUUAUUCUAAUAACAGCACUUCUUCAUGGGGAAAACCCGUUAGUAAAACUACUACAAAUCAGGAUUCUGUAAACAGUAAAGGGUCCCCGCCAAAUAGUAGUUCUGGGAGAUCAUUAGCUCUUCCUGCAGCGGCCUCCUGGGGAACACGCGCUUCAAAUAGCCAGCCUUUUGCUGCAAAUAUAGCGAGUCCCAACGGACCUUCUAAGCAAAAGGUGGAAACUUACACUACACAAUCAUCUUCAACAGCAGCAGCGGUGAGCCCGUCAUCACAUAACAACGAGAUACUAAAGAAACACAUUGACGAAAAUCCGACUUCCGAGACAAAACGUAAGCUAGAACAUUCAGAAUCCGUACAACACGCUACAGCCACAGAUCACCGAGAAACCCUGUCUGAGAUACCCGUAGAAGAUGAUGACGUGGACGUCUCUGACGAAGAAGGAAUCCACCAGUUAUCUUCUGACUUGUCAGCAAUCAGCAUCGUUACAAAUGACGAGUCAUCACAUACACACAAUGAAGAGACGCUUAAAGAACCGUUUGAUGAUAAUAACAACAAUAAUAAUGAUAAUGUUAUUGGAGAACGGUCAUGGAAUAAAGUACAAGAAGCUGUGAUUAACGAAGUGGAAGCCGAUUUGUUAUCUUUUAAUAAUCAAAGGCUCAGUGAUCCGGAAGUUGUUACACAUAAUACCCAUACAUAUACAGGCUAUGUACAGAAUACGCCUCAAUCGUCUCAUCUGAACCCUAAUAUUCCUAUAGCUAAUGGUGAUUCUUAUUUUCAUGCUACAGAUACAGUUACAGAUGUAUCGAAUGGUGAUCAUAGAACUGCUUUAGAUUUAGGAGAGAACAGUAUAAUAUCUAAUAUUUUGUCAAUGGAUUUUGACCCGUGGGACGAGUCGUUGACCUCGCCUCAGAAUCUGGCUAAAUUAUUAGGUAACAGUGAUAAACAACAGCAGGCGUCGUCUCAAAGAGUUUCAAGUUCGAGAAAAAUGCAAAACGUUAAUCAGUCGAGGUUUUCCUUCGCGAGAGAGGACGAUGAAUCCAUAGAUCAAAGGUCAAAUUUCAAUUUUCAGAACUUCAGUACAGAUGCUUAUCCACGUCAGCAUACGGAUAGCAACGGUUUCUCUUCUUUUAACUUUGAGGAAUCUGAUCGUACUGCUGGCGGUUAUCCGUCUCUGUCUCCCAAUAAGUUUUCAGCUUCAAGAUCCCAAAUUUCUGCUCCUCCUGGAUUUAUGGGACCCAGCAGAGCUCCACCCCCUGGCUUUGCUUCUAACGAGAGAAUUGAACAAACUUAUGAUAACCUAUCUGGGAAUAAUCAUAUGUUUGACAGCUCAUUUUUACUGAGAAAAGUGAAUCAAGCACCGGGUGCUGUAUAUAACGAUGGUAGUAUUAGUGAGCUUGAGUUCAUGGAUCCCGCAAUAUUGGCGGUUGGUGGUAGGGUUCCUAGUGGGGUCACUAGUCCAGGUUUAGACAUGAGAUCAAACUACCCUACACAACACACCUCUUACGAAACCGAUAGUAACCGGCUUCGACUUUUGAUGCAAAGAUCUUUCACACAACAAAACCUAAGAUUCAACGAGUUAGGCGGAGAUAAUAAUAACUUAUCAUACCCUCAAAGAACAGAUUCUUACGGAGUAUCUUCUAGAAUCAUAGAUCAAACUCUGCUCAAUAAUAAUCAUCGAUCCCAUUAUCAGCAACAACAGGUGGGUAAUUUAACUAGUUUCCAACAGGCACGGAUGACGACAUCUAGUAACGGACAUUGGGGGGACGGUUGGAAUGAAGUUCAGAACGGAAAUGAUAUUGCAAUGGCGGAGAUUUUACGAAAUGAGAGACUCGGUGGGUUCAACAAGUAUUAUUCCGGAUAUGAAGAUACGAAGUAUCGGGUGCCGAGUUCAGGUGAUCUGUAUAACCGGACGUUUGGAAUUUGAACGGUGGUUUUGGUAUUUACUGGGCCCGGAAAUUGUAUGGCUGACUCUUGAUUCGUCUUCACUGGACUGGUGAUAGAUUGAACCUUCUGAAACAAGGGCUUCCAGAAACCAGCAGGCAGGAAAAGCAAGUUGUGAGAUAUGAGGACCUUGUUCCAGAAGUGUUAGUGGAGGAUAUGCUGUACAUAAGAAUCUUUCAGUGCUGGAAAAUAAUGUUGGAUCUCAAUGAGUGUGAAGAUAAGCAAAGUUAAUCUGCAUCGAAAACGGUCGUAAAGUGGUUUUUCUUGUUUACUUGUUUCAAGUUAUAACAUUCUUUGUCGUGUGAUUAAAGUUACUACUAACUACUAUACUACUACUAAGAAUACAUAUACUUGUGAUUUUCAUACAUGAAUUUUUAUUUCACCAACUGUGAAGAACUUUGAGAACCGUAUAAACAUUUGUAUUGUUUGUUUUGAUUA